CUCACUGCUCCAAAUCUUCAUAAAUAUAAACACUUCCACUCCCCACCAAACUAACCAAAGCUCAAAAAAAAAACCCUUCUCCCUUUUGUCUUCUCUUCAAACUCCAAAACACUUCCACACACAGCUUCUCUAGCCUACAACCAAUGGAUGAUUUGCUUUGGAAUAGUUCAUGGAGUAACGAAGAAAACAGUGGUUCCGAAGAAAGCUUAUUCGUCUCUGACGACCCGAGCCGAUGUUCGAGUCCACCUUUACAAGAGCUUCAAACAGUGGCAAGAAUUUUGGGGUUGCCAGAGAUCGAUACUUCAACGCGGGAGACAAGAGUAGGGAAAUUGGCUGAGGAUUCCAAGGUUUUAUUUGAAUGUGAAAAGUCGUGGCCGAUGGAAGUUACCACCGGUGGAGUUUUGUUCGAAGUGCUUGAAAAUGACAAAGGAAUUGCAUCAAAAGGUGGAUUUUUGGAUAUUUUGGAGAACCAAAAACCAAACCAACAAAACACCAUAAUAGAAAAUCAGCCAAGUUCAACCAACUCUACAACUCUAUCACCAUCUCCCUCUCCAUCAUCUUCGAACAUCGAAGAAAUCGAGCAGGCUGUUGAUCGAGAUCAAGUUGUGUCACAAAUGAAGGAAUGGAUAUACUAUGCAGCAGUGUUUAGGCCAGUAAACUUGGGAUUGGAGACGGUGGAGAAGAAGAGGCGGAAGAACGUCAAAAUGUCGAAGGAGCCUCAAACGGUUGCGGCAAGAAAACGAAGGGAGAAAAUAAGCGAAAAAAUUAGGGUUUUGCAGAGGUUAGUUCCUGGUGGGAGCAAAAUGGACAUUGGCUCCAUGCUUGACGAGGCAGCAAGCUACCUCAAGUUCCUUAGGGCACAAAUCAAAGCACUAGAAGGCUUAACCUACAAAUUUGGCUCUAUAGAUUGUCUCUCAACUUGCACCCCUUUGAACUCUACUUUCCCCACAAAUCCUUAAUUUUUCUCUUUAAAACCCUUAUGUACCAUCUUAUCAAAUAUAAAAUAGUUUGUCAAUUGUUAGAAUAAUUAGACAUUCCUAAGUUUAUAUAUUAUCAUA